AUGACGUUACGAAAGGAUAAACGGAAGCGAAGAAGAAGCUCCGUCUCGGAAAGUCAACACGCAGACGAAAAGUUCAGCCCGCAAUCAGAUGACCGCUUCAGCAAGGUGUUCGAUGAGGACGAUGAUGAGGCAGCUCCAUCCCGCCAAGAAAACGAGCCAGACGUCGCUGGAGUCAAGCCGGAAGUGAAGGAGGAGAUUGAGGACGAUGAGGACUUUGUCGACCCUGAGCGAAAGCAACACAAAUCGGGCGUCGUCUACUUUUCCGUCAUUCCGCCCGGGUUCAACGUGGCCAAGUUGACGGACGAGAUGAACAUGUACUCGAAGGGAUGCGUGGGCCGGAUUUAUUUGGUGCCCACAAGAGCCUCCGAAAAGUUCAAGACUCGCACGGCCCCCGAAAACAACGAUCGCGGCAGCAAGAAGAAGCGCCACCUCACCUACAAGGAGGGAUGGGUGGAAUUUUCACGGAAAAGCGUGGCGAAGCGAUUGGCGAAAUCGCUAAAUGGCGUAGAAGUGCAGGUGAAGGCCAAGCAUCCAGCGUCGGGCACCAUGUGGCUUUGCAAGUACCUUCCGGGUUUCAAGUGGAUUCAUCUGAUGGAGCAGAUGGAUUACGAGAGGAAGGUGUCGAUGCAACGGAUGAAGGUCGAAAUCACGCAAGCCAAGAAGGUCGCCGAGCACUUUGCCACCCAAGUCGAGAAGGGCGCCCAUCUGCGCAAGCUCGAGGAGAAGGUGCUGAAGAAGGGCGGCCUCUGGGAGAAGCACCAGCGCGACAUCGAGCAGCGGAAGAGCCGCGCCGGCAAGAAGAAGCCCAAGACGGACCGCCAGGCCGCCAAGGACGAGGACGAUUUGAUGAAGCUGAUCUACGCCGAC